AAUUCGCAAGCUCACUUAGGCGUGUGUCCUAAUUGUAUGAUGAUUUCACAACAAUUCACUAUCAUAACCGUUUUUGUGAAGGAAAUGCAGUAGGAGUCAAGGAGAUUAUGUCCGUUUGCAAGAAGAAACUUAAAAGGCUCGCCAUACACACAUCGGAAGAAGGAGAAAAGUAAAAAUAAAGAGAAGGGAAAAAAUAAUGCUUAGUUACUCAAUAAUUGGCCACUGCGGUCCCCCAGAAUUUAUAUAAGGGGUACAUGAUCACCGGUCAUUUACUCUAAUACGGCCACUUCGAAGUGAUCAAACAUCAAGUAUUCUGCUCCACUAGUACACAUGACAAUCGGAGUUAUCGACUUCUUAUUGAAACGUUUUAGGAAAUUAAACAACAAUGCUAAACAAAAUGUCCCUGCUAAUAUUCAGUGUUGUAAUAAUCGUCCUUCAAACUCAACACACGGCAGCAAAAAAGCUACCCAGCUACGUGCACGUGUGUAAAAGAACUGAUCCACAAAUGAAUGAAUGUCUUCUUAAAACAAUUGAAUCAGUAAGACCGGAAUUGCCAAACGGAGUUCCUAAGUUACAAAUUCCGGCAUUAGAACCAAUGGUCAUUCCUAGAUUACAAGUAAAUAGAAACGACGAUUCGCUUAAGGUCAAAGCUACCAUCACAGACGUUAUGGCAUGGGGUGGAUCAAAAUUUGUUCUCAAUAAUUUAAAAAUAAAUCUGGAGAAGCUAACGGGUGAAGCCACAGUGAUUGUUCCAAACCUAUUUGUGAACUGUACUUAUGAUAUAGACGGACGAAUAAUGGUAAUUCCUCUUAAAGGCAAAGGCACAUUUAAUGGCACUAUAACUAACGUUAGAGUCGACAUAAAAGGUUCUGCAGAAACUCUUAAAGACAAAAAAAACCGCGAUUAUUUCCAGCUGAAAAAUAUCCGGCUCAAAGUAAAAGUUGGAGAUGCUACUGGAAAAGUUAAGAAUUUAAGUCGAGGAGGAGAAGUCAUCACGGAAACAGCAAUGACAUUCUUCCACCAAAAUCGCCGUCUUGUAUUAGACCUCGUUUCGCCAAUUGUUGAAGAAAUUGCUGUUGAAUUUGCUAUGCAAAUUGGUAAUAACGUGUUAAAGACUAUUUUGUACGAUGAAAUCUUGCCUGUAGAGUUGUAAUGAUUUUAAAGAGUUUUAAAAAAUUGUUUUCCUUAAUGUUUCUUGGGUAUCUUUCUGUAAACUAUUAUGAUACUUUGUAAAUUAUAUUGUUAAUCUUUACUUGUUUUUAUACGUUCUUACAUAUAUUCAACUGACUAAUAUUUAUGUCAAAAACGGAUACUCAUAGCUUAUUAUUUCAUUUAUCGUAUUUUAAUUGUAUCAAAUUUUUACAACUAAUGUAAAAUAUUAUCAUCAAUAUAUUUAGAAACUAUAUUUUGUAUUUUUAGUAACACAUAUUGUUUUAUUAUAUUAAGAAUUCAUUUAGUAUAUUACUUGUUUUUAGCUUCGAUGCGAAGCUGAGAAUGUAUUAAUUUUA